GAGACUGAGAGGGGGGGAGGCUGCUCUCAUCAAAGGACCUCUCAGACUCUACAAGUUAAUGAGGGAUGUAGCAGAGACCCUGAAGCCCUCAGACCCCGACAGCUGCACACAGACGGACGGGCGGACAGACAUAAGGACAUACAUAGAAAAAUAAACAUACUGAGUUUGAAAUGACGUGGCGUGAGCUACGAAGUCGGCAGUUCUGGCGUGCCAUUCUUGCUGAGCUGCUUGGCACCAUGUUCUUAGUGAGCGCCGUCCUGGGUGCCUCUGUGCCAGGCCCUGGAGAGCCCCCCACGGGGCCCCUGUACCCAGCAGUGGCAGUGGGCGUGUCGAUUGUUGCAAUGGCACACUGUUUUGGAGAAAUAAGCGGGGCACAGGUGAACCCUGCAGUGACUCUGGCUCUGUUGGCCACUCGCAGGUUGGAUGUUCUCAGGGCCGUUGUUUAUAUCGCCGCUCAGUGUUUUGGGGCCUCUUUAGGAGCCGGGGCCCUCUACCUGGCCCUGCCGCUCAAAACCACUGCAGAAAACUUCGUCAACAGGGUUCCUAUAGAGCUGAAUGCAGCCCAGGCUCUGGGCAUCGAGGUGUUGUGCACCUUCCAGAUGGUCUUCACUGUGUUCUCAGUUGAGGAUCAGCGACGGAGGGAAAGCCCAGAACCAGGAAACCUGGCCAUUGGAUUAGCACACACUGCUGGAGUGCUAAUAGGGGGGCGGUUUUCCGGUGCUAGUAUGAACCCUGCACGUUCUCUGGGUCCAGCCAUCUUCACUGGCCUCUGGGAAAACCACUGGGUUUAUUGGAUCGGACCGGUGACCGGUGCUAUACUGGCUGGAGUGUCCCAUGAGUUCUUCUUUACUCGCAGCGCCUCUCGCCAUAAGUUAGUGGCAUGUCUGACCUGUAAGGACAUCGAGAUUGUGGAGACGACCAGCAUGACGGGAUCCUCUCUGUCCACAGUCACACAGAACGCCAUCAGAGCCAAGCAGACCAACAAACAAGAAAACAACUGAGGACACGUGCAUGACAAAACAUAUUGAAACUUCAACAUUCUGCAACAUUAGGGAUUUUUAUGAAGAUCCAUUGUGUGCAGUUCAUCAGUGGAUCAGACAUCCUAUUGAGAUUAUUUACUCAAUUAAUAUUUGUUCCUAUAAAAUGUCAGAACAUUUUGAAAAAUGGUCAUAAUUUCUCUAAUCCUAACAACAGCCUAAAACUCAAUGAUUUUCAUUUUUACAAUUAAAUAAAACAAAAAAAAAGGAGCAAAUCCUCACGUUUCAGAAGCUGGAAGCUGCCAAGUCUGCUUGAAAACAGGAUUUAUUGAUUAUCAAAAUAGUUGCAGAUUAGUUGACAUUAUUGAUGCAUUCAAAUCAUAUAAUAAAAGUCCCCAAAAUUGGCCAUACCAGAUUGUACACCUGGUGAAAAAACUGGACAUAGAAUAAAAAAAAACUGGCAGGCUGAGAACUGCAGACAGAUAAAUGU